AUGGUUCUAUUGGGUUUUGUAUGGAAUAUAAAUAUAUCUCGUCUCCCAAAAAAUAUAUUAGGUUCUAUUGGAAUACCGAUUAUAAUUACAAUAGAUCGAUUAUGUUCACUUAUUUUGGCUAUUGUUCCUGAAAUAUUACAAAAUUGGCUUGAUGCAACAAACAACGAUGAGGUAUUAGAAGAUCUUCAGACUAAAGGAUUACUUCUAGCCAAUACCAAUUCAUUGAUUCACUUGAUUAAUAAGAAAACAAAAUUUGCUACAUUAGCAGAACUGAAUGCGACACAAAGUAACAGUGAAAUGACGAUUCAACCGGCAUCACCUCUCUAG